AUGGACUCGAAUAUUGCCAUGUUCACACCACCCGCACAGCUGCAAGCCAAAGUCUGCGAAAUUCUCCGAGAAAUCCCACCGGCAGCCACCGUCGCCAUGGAAAACCACACCACUCUCGCCCAGGCUGCAAAUGUCGCCGCAAACCCCACCAACGCAAUUGCUGACGCGGUCGAUGCAACUAAUGCACAAUACCUGGCUCUUUGGUUCGCUAUCCAAAUCUUCUACUCUUACUACCUUGGUCCAUUGGUCAGCUACUUUCUGAGUCGCAUCGGUUUCGAUGCCCUGGGUUCUCUUUUCGGGACAUGGAUCUCAUGGUAUUAUAGUCCGUUAGGGUGGCUGACACGGGCAUUUGUUUUACCUUUCUUGAACCAGACCGGGUUGGCGGAUGAUACUCUAAAGGCACCGGCAGCAUGGAUAUGUCUCGUGGCUAGUCUUUUAUGGGCCGGGAGACGGGUUAUCGAGAAUCGAAGAGAUCCAUAG